UUGUGCUUCUCACCGCAAGCCUGAAGCUGCUGAUGAGAUGUGAUGACACAGUAGUGUGUGCAUGUCGCAGGAUUGCUGUCUGGCUGCUCACACAUUGCUUCGCACAGCUGCGUCAGACACUGGAAACACCUGUUUGGGUCACACGACCCAGCCCUGCCCACCCUGGGACUUUCCUGCUGGCUCUUUAUCUCUGCUGCCUCUGAGGGCCUCAGCCUGUGACGCUUCUGCUCCUGGGAUCUCCACCUCACCUUCCUCAGAUGCCAAGCAGGUGGCUCCACCAGUCCAGUUCCUUCUGUGUGAACAUUGCCAAGCUCAUCAACUCUCAGGGAGAGGCCCAUGGCUACCACAGGAGACAUGCCUAGAGAUCAGAGCUAACCCCACCCCACCCCUGCCCACUGAGAUUAUGAGUGGCUUUUAAGGAGGCUGGUUUGUAAAUGCAGCAUGACGUUUUCCUCAUGAGGACAAGAAAACCAGAGGCCUCUCUAAUGGCUAACCCAUUACCUUCAUUUCCUUGGGGAUUGAAACGCGUGAUGGUGAGUUCCUCAGAGAAGUGAAAGUGACCUAGAGGGAUCCAGUAAUUCCUGUUAUCAGCCUGCUUUAUAAGUCAGUGAGCCAGGCACUGUCUUCAUCCAGCCUGAAGUCCCAGGAGUGCAAAGAUGUCCCUGCACCCAGCUUCCCCACGCCUGGCCUCCCUGCUGCUCUUCAUCCUUGCCCUCCAUGACACCCUGGCCCUAAGGCUCUGCUCCUUCAAUGUGAGGUCCUUUGGAGCGAGCAAGAAGGAAAACCAUGAAGCCAUGGAUAUCAUUGUGAAGAUCAUCAAACGCUGUGACCUUAUACUGUUGAUGGAAAUCAAGGACAGCAGCAACAACAUCUGUCCCAUGCUGAUGGAGAAGCUGAAUGGAAAUUCACGAAGAAGCACAACAUACAACUAUGUGAUUAGUUCUCGACUUGGAAGAAACACGUACAAAGAGCAGUAUGCCUUCGUCUACAAGGAGAAGCUGGUGUCUGUGAAGACAAAAUACCACUACCAUGACUAUCAGGAUGGAGACACAGACGUGUUUUCCAGGGAGCCCUUUGUGGUUUGGUUCCAUUCCCCCUUUACUGCUGUCAAGGACUUCGUGAUUGUCCCCUUGCACACAACUCCCGAGACCUCCGUUAAAGAGAUAGAUGAGCUGGUCGAUGUCUACACGGAUGUGAGAAGCCAGUGGAAGACAGAGAAUUUCAUCUUCAUGGGUGAUUUCAACGCCGGCUGUAGCUAUGUCCCCAAGAAGGCCUGGCAGAACAUUCGUUUGAGGACGGACCCCAAGUUUGUUUGGCUGAUUGGGGACCAAGAGGACACUACGGUCAAGAAGAGUACCAGCUGUGCCUAUGACAGGAUUGUGCUUUGUGGACAAGAGAUAGUCAACUCCGUGGUUCCCCGUUCCAGUGGCGUCUUUGACUUUCAGAAAGCUUAUGACUUGUCUGAGGAGGAGGCCCUGGAUGUCAGUGAUCACUUUCCAGUUGAGUUUAAGCUACAGUCUUCAAGGGCCUUCACCAACAACAGAAAAUCUGUUUCUCUCAAAAAGAGAAAAAAAGGCAAUCGCUCCUAGGUAUCACGCUGCCUUUUUUUUUUUUUUUUUUUUUUUUUGCCACUCCUUGCAAAUGGCUCUCAUAGGUCUAAGCUAUCUGCAUGCUCAGGAAUUAAGACUGGCCAAGCUGCUUUCAUUGUCCACUUGAGUUAAUUUUGCCUGGAACCAAGCUGGGAGGAGAGUCUUCUGUUACAUCACCUUGAUCCCCAAUAUCAUCACUGGUACCCUGCGAAACAUUGCCACUAUUUAGGCAACAGGACAGAUUUGGCAUGGUAUGAUACUUUAUGAUGGAGGCAAUGAAACUCAGUUGCCUGGGGUCAUGCGUGGAAGAAGAGUGAAGGACACUUCCACUGUGCUGUCCUGCCCGUCCCUACUCACAGCCCACCCCUACCCACACCUCACUCCUAUCCACACCUCACUCCUAUCCACACCUCACCCCUAGCUACAGCCCACCUGUGCUCACAGCGCUGUGCUUAAGCCAUCAGCAUGUCCUGAGCUCAGUCUUCGGAUAUAUGAAGGUUUUCAUUAUCUGACAGCCAGCCUCACUUUGGAUGCAUGCUCCAACAGUGUCUUCCCUCCCUUUCUCCCUUCCUCUUCCUCCUGUGCCCCUCCCUGAAAGGGCUCAACCUUGCAUGCCUGUCCUGUUCUAACUGUCCCCAGUCACAUAUCCCAUGUGCAACACUGACCACACAGUGUCUGUCACCACGGCCAGCACUGCAGCUCGCCCCAGCACAAGCCCCCCUGGCUGGCUUGGACCUGAGUGUUUGCUCCCUUCCUGCCACUCCUGGAAUCUGCAAUGUGGCGCCAUCUUGCUUGUAUGCAGGGCACCCGUUUUUGUGCAUUUCGCUUUGUUUUCCUGGAUAUUCUUUACUCUUGCACAUGAGCACCUGUACUUAGGAACAGUGGAGAACAGUGACCCGUCUGGCCCGACUCCCAGUCUCAGAAGCAACCCCUCCACACAGCUGUGGGCUCCCCAAAGGCGUCUGCACACAAGCAAGCACCAUGUGUAACCUGAAGAAAUACAAAGUCUAUUACACUGUAACUAUGGGGUCGAGUUGUUCCUUAACACACUGGGAACUGUGUGACUUUGAUGUGAGAAAGAAGACUGUGAGUCUUUGUGCUCGUCAGCUCCGUCAUCCUGACAUGUUCUGAGAUCAUCCUCCUCCUAACAGACAUCCCAGAUCAUCUUAAAAGGAGGGGCUGGGUUUUGACUUGUGCUUCCAGAAGUUUCAAUUUAUGGCCCUUGACUCUGUUGUUUCUGGGUCAGUGAAAAAGAGUGUGUGGUAGAACACACACACACACACACACACACACACACACACACACACACACACGCACCACAUGCACAUGAGGUGGGCUCUUCUGGCCUCCACAGGCCAAUAUACAAGGAAGAAAGGCACUCAUACACAUUAAAUAAAGAGACAUGGGGUUGGGGAGGCAUAAACCCAGUUUCUGUUCCAGAACACAGUCUCUCCCAUGACCUCCAACCAAGCUCCACCUCUUACAAGUGUUCCAUCUCCCAACAGCAUCCUGAUCUGGUAUAUCAGCAAGUCUUUUCUAUGUGAACCUUUAGAAACCACUACAGUUCCAAAUGGUGGAGCUAAUAGGUAGGAUUAUAUACCAUCUUGCCAAGGGAAUAAAAUCAAAAGUGCCCGGUUAAGUUGGAGGAGAUAAUGCCCGGCUCAUCUCUUACUGAGAUUCUAUUGUCUGGCGAUGACGUAGUCUUUCGGGGAAGAUGGCAAAGCUGUUGAGACUUUGGAGGAGUUCACCAUACCUAGAAACCUUACAGUCCCCAAAUGGUAAAGUAUGCUACUCAUAUAUGAGACAGUUCUGGAGAGAUGGGUCCUCUGACCUCUGCACCCAAGCACCAAAAUUUCCCUGGCUGAUGUGGCUAGGAGAGGAACCCCAGGUCCCAGGCAAUGGGCUUGGGACUCACUAACAGGGAGAUGGGGAGGAGGUGGACUGGACAUCAAAAGGCCCUUUCCAUGCCUCUGGCUUGGGAGUCAACGGGUCCAGACACCCUGAAGUUUCGACCCAUACUAAUGCUCUUCUGCCUCUGCCCAGUGGCAGGUUAGAGAUACAAAUGAGGGUCUCUGCAAGCUGUCACUCUGCCAAACUCAGACAGACAGAGGAGUUAUUUUCACUCUUCCUGACUGAGUGUUGUACAAACUCCUGCUUUUAUGUCCCCCUCCCUUCCUUCUCUCCUUUCUGAGGAUGACCUUGAACUCUGACCCUCCUGUUUCCACCUUCCCACUGGAUGAGUGCCAGCCUUAUAGAUGCCAGCCACCACUCAGCGUUUCAUGCAGUGCUCAGACAGGACUAAGCAAGCACUUUGUGUGUGCUACACAAGCACUCUACUUGCUGGGCCCCAGCCCCAGCCUCUAGGCUGUGCCCUAAAAAUGUGUUGCCUGGGCAGUGGGAUGGCUCAGAGGGUAAAGACCUUCGCUGACAACUCUGGCAACUUGAAUUUGAUCUCCAGAAUGGGCACGAUGGAAGGAAAGGGUCAAGUCCAUCACGCCAUUCUCAGAUCUCUCCACAUGUAAACAUGCCCCCAAUAAAUAAAUGUAAUAAAAUUAGAAUAUCGAUGUAAAAA